AUGUCCGGACAUCCGCAGGGAGGCCACUACGAUGAUGGCUACGGCCACCAGGGCCAGGCUCAGCCGCAAGGCCAGGACUCGUAUUAUCACGACGACCAGCAAUACGGCCAGUAUCACGACGAUGUUCGUGGCCAGCAGGGUCACUACCAGCAGAACGGCAACGACGCCUAUUAUGACGAACAAGCCUACUAUGACGGCCAGCAGGGCGCCAACCACCAGCAGAACGGCGGAUACUAUGACGACCACCACGGCCAGCAACAGGGCUACCAAGAUGAAUACUACAAUGACCAGUACUACGACCAGGGUGGCGCACAGGACGGAUACGCACACAACGCUCAGAGUGGCCAGCCCAGACGCCGCCAGCAUGACUCCGAAGAAGACUCCGAGACCUUUAGCGACUUCACAAUGAGGUCCGACAUGGCUCGUGCCACCGACAUGGAUUACUACGGCCGUGGCGACGAAAGGUACAACAGCUACAACGGCGACGGCCAACGCGGUUACCGCCCUCCUUCGUCGCAGGUCUCGUACGGUGGCAAUCGCUCCUCUGGUGCAUCGACACCCAUCUACGGUAUGGACUACUCGAACGCUCUUCCUGCCGGUCAGCGUUCACGCGAGCCCUACCCAGCCUGGACAACCGAGGCACAGAUUCCUUGCACCAAGGAGGAAAUCGAGGAUAUCUUCAUGGAUCUUACUGCCAAGUUCGGUUUCCAGCGUGACAGCAUGAGGAAUAUGUAUGACCACUUCAUGACUCUGCUCGACUCGCGUGCUUCCCGCAUGUCACCGAACCAGGCUCUUCUGUCCCUGCACGCCGACUACAUCGGUGGAGAGAACGCCAACUACCGCAGAUGGUACUUUGCCGCUCAUCUUGAUCUCGAUGAUGCCGUCGGUUUCGCCAACAUGAACCUUGGAAAGGCCAACCGUAGGACGCGUAAGGCCCGCAAGGCGGCGAAGAAGAAGGCUGGCGAGAAUCCUGGCAACGAGGCGGAGACCCUCGAGGCGUACGAGGGUGACAACAGUCUCGAGGCUGCUGAGUACCGCUGGAAGACAAGAAUGAACCGUAUGUCGCAGCACGACCGCGUUCGCCAGGUUGCUCUCUACCUUCUCUGCUGGGGUGAGGCCAACCAGGUUCGUUUCAUGCCUGAGUUGCUCUGCUUCAUCUUCAAGUGCGCAGACGACUACCUCAACUCGCCAGCUGGACAGGCUCAGACGGAGCCUAUUGCGGAGUUCACAUAUCUGAACGACAUCAUCACGCCGCUGUACCAGUACUGCCGUGACCAGGGUUACGAGAUCUCGGAGGGCAAGUACAUCCGCCGUGAGCGCGACCACUCUUCCAUCAUUGGAUACGAUGAUAUGAAUCAACUCUUCUGGUACCCAGAGGGUCUCGAACGCAUUGUCUUCGAGGACAAGUCUCGCAUGGUCGAUCUUCCCCCGGCUGAUCGCUUUGCGAAGCUGAAGGAUGUGGUAUGGAAGAAGGUCUUCUUCAAGACAUAUUACGAGCGACGUUCGUGGUUCCACAUGCUGGUUAACUUCAACCGUAUCUGGGUCAUCCACUUGUCAGCCUUCUGGUUCUACACUGUCUUCAACUCUCAGCCCGUCUACACCAAGAACUACCAGCAACAGUUGGACAACCGACCGAAGAAGGCCGCUACUAUGUCUGCUGUUGCGCUUGGUGGAGCGAUCGCUUCAUUGAUACAGAUUCUCGCUACCUGCGUUGAAUGGGCUUACGUUCCUCGCCGAUGGGCUGGUGCUCAGCACUUGACCAAGCGUCUUAUGUUCCUCCUCGUGGUAUUUGCAGUCAACGUUGGACCCAGUGUCUACAUCUUCGCUAUUAACCAGGAAGGCACCAUUGCUAACAUCCUGGGCGGCGUCCAGCUGACCAUCGCUUUCAUCACCUACAUCUUCUUCUCGAUCAUGCCGCUCGGUGGUCUCUUUGGCAGCUACCUUACUCGCAACUCACGCAAGUAUGUCGCCAGCCAGACUUUCACUGCGAGCUACCCACGUCUCAAGGGCAACGACAUGUGGAUGUCCUAUGGUCUCUGGGUUCUGGUCUUCGCUGCUAAGCUCGCUGAGUCUUACUUCUUCUUGACUCUGUCGAUCAAGGAUCCUAUUCGUAUCCUGUCGCACAUGAAGAAGCCUGACUGCCUGGGUGAUGCCAUCUUCGGCGACAUCCUUUGCAAGUACCAGCCUAGGAUCCUGCUCGGCCUCAUGUACUUCAUGGAUCUGGUCCUCUUCUUCCUGGAUUCUUACUUGUGGUACAUCAUCGCCAACAUGUUGUUCUCCGUCUCUCGCUCCUUCUACCUCGGUGUGUCCAUCUGGACCCCAUGGAGGAACAUUUUCUCUCGUCUUCCGAAGCGUAUCUACUCGAAGAUUCUCGCAACCACGGACAUGGAGAUCAAGUACAAGCCUAAGGUCCUCAUCUCCCAGAUUUGGAACGCCGUGGUUAUUUCGAUGUACCGUGAGCAUCUUCUUGCUAUCGAUCACGUCCAGAAGCUUUUGUACCACCAGGUUCCUUCUGAGCAGGAGGGCAAGCGCACUCUCCGUGCUCCUACCUUCUUCGUUUCUCAGGAAGACCAUUCAUUCAAGACCGAGUUCUUCCCGGCUCAGAGUGAGGCCGAGCGACGUAUUUCUUUCUUCGCCCAGUCUCUGUCCACACCUAUUCCGGAGCCCCUGCCCGUCGACAAUAUGCCCACUUUCACUGUCAUGAUCCCUCACUACGGAGAGAAGAUUCUUCUCUCGCUCCGUGAGAUUAUCCGCGAAGACGAGCCCUACUCCCGCGUCACACUUCUUGAGUACCUCAAGCAGCUCCACCCUCACGAGUGGGACUGCUUCGUCAAGGACACCAAGAUUCUCGCCGAUGAGACUUCGCAGUUCAACGGAGACGACGAGAAGAACGAGAAGGAUACCGCUAAGAGCAAGAUCGACGAUCUCCCCUUCUACUGCAUUGGUUUUAAGUCUGCCGCUCCCGAGUAUACACUCCGAACACGUAUCUGGGCCUCGCUCCGUUCUCAGACUUUGUACCGCACCAUCUCUGGUUUCAUGAACUACAGCCGUGCGAUCAAGCUUCUUUACCGCGUUGAAAACCCUGAGGUCGUGCAGAUGUUUGGUGGUAACUCUGACAAGCUGGAGCGUGAGCUCGAGCGCAUGGCCAGGCGCAAGUACAAGAUCUGUGUCUCAAUGCAGCGGUACGCCAAGUUCUCUAAGGAAGAAAUGGAGAACACCGAAUUCUUGCUCCGCGCCUACCCCGACCUUCAGAUUGCCUACCUGGACGAGGAGCCGCCUGUCAACGAGGGUGACGAGCCCCGCAUCUACUCUGCUCUGAUUGACGGCCACUCCGAGAUUAUGGACAAUGGCCUCCGCCGCCCCAAAUUCCGUGUCCAGCUUUCCGGUAACCCCAUUCUUGGAGAUGGCAAGUCUGACAACCAGAACCACGCCAUUAUCUUCUACCGUGGAGAGUACAUCCAGCUCAUCGAUGCCAAUCAGGACAACUACCUCGAGGAGUGCUUGAAGAUCCGCAGCGUUCUUGCUGAGUUCGAAGAGAUGACUACCGACAACGUUUCGCCCUACACACCCGGUCUUCCCACCACCAAGUUCAACCCUGUUGCUAUUCUCGGAGCCCGUGAAUAUAUUUUCUCCGAGAACAUCGGUAUUCUCGGCGACAUUGCUGCCGGAAAGGAACAAACGUUCGGUACCAUGUUUGCUCGAACCCUGGCUCAGAUUGGUGGUAAGCUCCACUACGGUCAUCCUGAUUUCCUCAAUGGUAUCUUCAUGACAACUCGUGGCGGUGUUUCCAAGGCUCAGAAGGGUCUCCAUCUCAACGAGGAUAUCUACGCUGGUAUGAACGCUCUCCUCCGCGGUGGUCGCAUAAAGCACUGCGAGUACUACCAGUGUGGUAAGGGUCGCGAUUUGGGUUUCGGAUCGGUUCUCAACUUCACCACCAAGAUCGGUACUGGAAUGGGUGAGCAGAUGCUGUCUCGCGAGUACUACUACAUGGGUACUCAGCUCCCUCUCGACCGUUUCUUGUCCUUCUACUACGCCCAUCCUGGUUUCCACAUCAACAACAUGUUCAUUAUGUUGUCGGUGCAGUGCUUCAUGUUCGUUCUCCUCCAUCUGGGCGCCCUUAACCACGAGACCAUCCUCUGCCAGUUCAACAAGGACACCCCGAUUACCGACCCACAGUGGCCUAAUGGCUGUGCCAACUUGGAACCCGUCUUUGACUGGGUUGCUCGUUGUAUCAUGUCCAUCUUUAUCGUCUUCUUCAUCGCCUUCGUACCUCUAGUUGUUCAGGAGCUUACUGAGCGUGGUUUCUGGCGCGCUGCUACGCGUCUGGCCAAGCACUUCUCGUCUGGAUCACCUUUCUUCGAGGUUUUCGUCACCCAGAUCUACGCCAACUCGCUCCAGACCAACUUGUCCUUCGGCGGAGCUCGUUACAUUGGUACUGGUCGUGGUUUCGCCACUGCUCGCAUUCCUUUCGGUAUCCUUUACUCUCGUUUCGCUGGACCUUCCAUCUACUUGGGCGCUCGUGCCUUGAUGAUGUUGAUCUUUGCGACAAUCACCGUCUGGGGUCCAUGGCUCAUCUACUUCUGGGCAUCCUUGUUGUCUCUCUGCCUUGCGCCGUUCUUAUUCAACCCCCACCAGUUCUCUUGGGACGACUUCUUCAUCGACUACAGGGAAUACCUCCGCUGGUUGUCUCGUGGCAACACUCGGUCUCACAGCGCCUCUUGGAUCGGUUACUGCCGUCUGUCCCGUACUCGUAUCACUGGUUACAAGCGCAAGGCUCUUGGAGACCCGUCUUCCAAGCUGUCUGGUGACGUUCCUCGCGCGGCUUUCUCCAACAUCUUCAUGGCUGAGGUUCUUGGCCCUCUAGUCUUGGUCGCUGUCACGGUCAUUCCUUACCUGUUCAUCAACGCCCAGACUGGUGUGCGCAACCGUAACACCGCGCUCGACUCCGCCACUCUCAGUGACGGACAAACCCCCAAGGCUGCCGGUGCUCUGGUCCGCGUCGCUCUUGUCGCCUUCGGUCCAAUCGCCGUCAAUGCGGGUGUCCUCGGUGGUCUUUUCGCCCUGGCUUGUUGCGCAGGUCCUCUUCUCGGCAUGUGCUGCAAGAAGUUUGGUGCCGUCCUUGCUGCUAUUGCCCACGCGAUCGCUGUCAUCAUGCUUCUGGUCUUCUUCGUCGUAAUGAUGUACUUGGAAGGGUUCAGCUUCCCUAGAGCUCUCGCUGGUAUGAUCGCUGUGGUCGCUAUCCAGCGUUUCAUAUUCAAGCUUAUCAUCACCCUUACCCUCACUCGUGAGUUCAAGGCUGAUACCUCCAACAUCGCUUGGUGGACUGGUAAAUGGUACACCAUGGGAUGGCACACACUGUCUCAACCCGGACGUGAGUUCCUUUGCAAGAUCACUGAGCUUGGCUUCUUCGCUGCCGAUUUUAUUCUGGGACACGUUCUCCUUUUCUUUAUGCUUCCGAUCCUGUUGAUCCCCUACGCCGACAAAUUCCACUCUGUCAUGCUGUUCUGGCUGCGACCCAGUCGUCAAAUCCGUCCUCCUAUCUACUCGCUCAAGCAGACCAAGCUCCGCAAGCGCAGAGUAGUUCGCUACGCCAUCCUCUACUUCGUCCUCCUGGUCGUCUUCCUUGCUCUUGUCGUCGGCCCCAUUGUUGCCGGCAAGCAGAUCAAGCUUGGCGUCACUCUGCCCUUGGAGCUCCUCCAGCCUACAGGGUACAGCAACAACGACACAUCGUCGUCGGUCACUGGCUCGUGUAUUCAAGCCAAUUGCCCGCCGUACCAAGGUGGUGAUGCUGAGGCCACUGGCGACUCGGCCUCGACGACUGACGCGUCGGCGCGUCGCUUCCGUCGCUACAUGGCUUAUUAA